AUGUACUACAUCAUCCUCAAUCCGAAGCAUUUGUUCAAGGAACCGGUUGCGGCCAGUGAUCCGUUCAAUGAGGUGGAUAGUUUGAUUGUGAACGUUUCAUCGCUAGCCAGUCUUAGUCAAUGUGUCCAUGCAUUUCCAGAAGCUUUCCUGCCAGAUCAGCUCGAUACCACUGAGCUACUGAAAUUCUUUAAAGUUGAUGAACAGAACUGUUCCCCUUCGGUGUGUGAUCUUGAGGGAAGGGGAACUGAUGACCAAGACCGCAUAGUGAGAAUCGGAGUCAAUUUGCGAUGUAAGCACAUGUGCCGAAAGAACGAGGCGUUCGCCCAAGCUUCCGGUGCCGGGUUUGCUCCCGUCGUUCAACGGCCUCCAUUCACCUGGAAGACACAAGCAAAAAAGGGUCAACGCCGCUCUUUGAAUUCUCAGAAUGAGGAGGAAAACUUGACAGCACGAGGGCUCAAAUCAGCGUUCAACAGUGGUUUGAACUUGAUUCCAGAUGCCGCGUGA